UACCCAUAAAACCAUUGAAAAGCAGCAAAAACUAAUAUAUUAGCACAACGACAUCGUUUGCUUCACCCCCAUUUAGCACUCUCCAAUCUCCAUCCACAUCAUGCAAGGACCGCCCAUGAGACCGAGCUUAAAAUUGACAAGACUCUUCCUUUCAUUAAACAGGGAGGCUUCACUGCGGCUAUAAAUCAAACACCUGAACGACUAUUCUUUUAACUCGAAAGUCAAUACCCACAGACACAAAAUCUCGUGAAUUUUGCUCUUGAGGGUCUUUUCCUGUUCAGUUUUUAGCCACAAUGCCAAGCUUGUCUAAAAAUGCAAAGCGUAAGAAACUCCAUCUUGAGCCACAUGGGGCUGAGGGGUUCUGCAGAACAAUUGCUGUUUGCUCAGAGGGGAAAUGUGUUCAAGCAACUUCGUUGGCAGAUGUGUACAUCAGCAGGAAACAGCCCUGAUCAAAUCAUGGAUCGAGUCAUUGAACUGGUUAAGAAGUUUGAUAAAAUCGAUGCCAAUAAGGUUACUGCAGCAGCUGAUUUCCAAAAAGAUUUGUCCCUGGAUAGUUUAGACAGGGUUGAGCUCGUCAUGGCUUUUGAGGAAGAAUUUUCCUUUGAAAUCCCGGAGGAGAAAGCAGAUAAACUUACCUGUUGCGCUGAUGUUGCGAAAUAUAUAGUUUCUGGAGGUGAACAGAAAAUUGUAAAUCCUGAGUGGUAGUCAAUUUUAGGAUUUCCCAAAGGUGAAAGGGUGCUCUUGGACAAUUGUCUUGUCUGUUUUUCAUGCUUGUUCAUUUUUGUGAAUCAAUAACUACAUAUAAUGUUUUCCAAACCGUUUAUAUCUUA